AAGAAAUGGGGUGAAAAAAAGUAGGCCUGCGUCUAUAAAGCAAUCGCCGAAGACCAGAGCAAAGGAAAGAAGUCAGUCUCUCAUAGUUUCUGUGAAAGAAGCCAUCUUUGAUCUUUCUCGUCCCUUCUCUUUUGCUCUCUGUGGAACAGAGGAAAAAUGGCGGUGGGUAGAGAGGAGGUGCAGAUAUUCAAGCCAAGAACGGACAAAAGAGAGUAUAGGAGGAUCGUUCUCAAGAAUUCACUUCAGGUCCUUCUCAUCAGCGAUCCCGAAACCGAUAAGUGUGCUGCUUCCAUGAAUGUCAGUGUUGGCUCCUUCAGCGACCCUGUUGGCCUGGAAGGCCUUGCCCAUUUUCUGGAGCAUAUGCUGUUUUAUGCGAGUGAGAAAUAUCCGUUGGAGGAUAGUUAUUCCAAGUAUAUAACGGAGCACGGAGGCUGCACUAAUGCUUAUACAUCUUCUGAGCACACCAACUACCAUUUUGAUGUCAACAGUGAUUGUUUUGAAGAUGCUUUGGACAGAUUUGCGCAAUUCUUUAUUAAACCACUAAUGUCAGCUGAUGCAACCACAAGAGAGAUUAAAGCUGUUGAUUCUGAGAAUCAGAAAAAUUUAUUGUCAGAUGCUUGGAGAAUGAACCAGCUUCAUAAACAUCUAAGUGAUGAAGGCCAUCCAUAUCAUAAAUUCAGUACUGGGAAUUGGGAUACUCUGGAAGUUCGACCAAAAGCAAAAGGAUUGGAUACAAGACAGGAGCUUAUUAAGUUCUAUGAUGAAAAUUAUUCUGCCAACCUUAUGCAUCUGGUGAUAUAUUCUAAGGAAAGCCUUGAUAAAAUUCAAAGCCUUGUUGAGGACAAGUUCCAGGAAAUAAGAAACAAUGAUAGAAGCUUUUUGUCUUUUCCUGGUCAGCCUUGCACAUCAGAACAUUUACAGAUACUUGUAAGAGCUAUCCCAAUAAAACAAGGUCACAAAUUGAAAAUCAUAUGGCCAAUAACUCCAGGCAUUCUUCACUACAAGGAAGGUCCAUGCAGUUAUCUUAGCCAUCUUAUUGGCCAUGAAGGAGAAGGAUCUUUGUUUUAUGUCUUGAAAACUUUGGGGUGGGCUACUGGCUUGGCUGCUGGUGAAGGGGACUGGGCGACAGAGUUUUCUUUCUUCAAAGUAGUAAUUGAUCUUACUGAUGCUGGCCAUGAGCACAUGCAGGAUAUUGUAGGGCUGCUAUUCAAAUACAUUCGGCUUUUGCAGCAAUCUGGUGUUUCCAAAUGGAUAUUUGAUGAGCUUGCUGCUGUUUGUGAGACAAUAUUCCAUUAUCAGGACAAAACCCCUCCAAUUGAUUAUGUAGUCAAAAUUGCAUCCAAUAUGAAGUUAUAUCCUCCUAAAGAUUGGCUAGUUGGGUUAUCCUUGCCUUCUAAUUUCUGUCCGAGCACAAUUCAAUUGGUGUUGGAUCAGCUUUCUCCAAACAAUGUCCGAAUCUUUUGGGAAUCAAAGAAAUUUGAAGGACAAACUGGUAAGGUAGAGCCAUGGUAUGGAACUGCAUAUACUGUUGAGAAAAUCACCAGCUCCAUGAUUCAGGAAUGGAUGCUGUCUGCUCCUAAUGAUAAGCUGCAUUUACCAGCACCUAAUGUGUUCAUCCCUACUGACCUAUCACUGAAGGAUGCUCAAGAGAAGGUCAAAUUUCCAGUUCUGUUAAAAAAGUCAUCCUAUUCAUCUUUAUGGUACAAGCCUGACACAGUGUUCUGUACGCCCAAGGCUUAUGUUAAGAUAGAUUUCAAUUGCCCCCACGGUGGCAGCUCUCCUGAGGCUGAAGUUCUAACUGAUAUUUUUACUCGGUUGCUAAUGGAUUAUCUGAACGAAUAUGCUUAUUAUGCACAGGUUGCUGGUCUAUACUAUGGCAUUGCCAAUACAGACAGUGGUUUUCAGGUGACUGUGGUUGGUUACAAUCACAAACUGAGGAUCCUAUUGGAAACUGUUAUUAAAAAGAUUGCAAAAUUUGAAGUCAAACCCGACAGGUUUUCUGUAAUCAAGGAAAUGGUGAUAAAGGAGUACGAAAAUUUCAAGUUUCAGCAACCAUAUCAGCAGGCUAUGUAUCAUUGCUCUUUAAUUCUACAGAAUCAAGCAUGGCCUUGGAUGGAUGAACUUGAAGUGCUUCCUCAUCUUGAAGCAGAAGAUCUUGCUAAGUUUGUCCCAUUGAUGCUCUCAAGAGCUUUCUUGGAAUGCUAUAUAGCAGGUAACAUUGAACGCAGCGAGGCAGAGUCAAUAAUUGAGCAUAUAGAAGAUGUCUUUUACAAGGGCCCAAUUCCUAUUUGCCAACCAUUAUUCCCAUCCCAGCAUUUGACUAAUAGAGUUAUCAAGCUUGAAAGGGGAAAGAAUUAUUUUUAUCCAAUUGAAGGCUCGAAUCCUAGUGACGAGAAUUCUGCUUUGGUGCAUUAUAUUCAGGUUCAUCGAGAUGAUUUUAUGCUGAAUGUGAAACUUCAGCUUUUUGCUUUUAUUGCAAAGCAACCAGCUUUCCACCAGCUUCGGUCGGUUGAGCAACUUGGAUAUAUUACUGUGCUCAUGGGCAGGAAUGAUUCUGGCAUUCGAGGUGUACAGUUUAUUAUCCAAUCUACAGUGAAGGGCCCUCGACAUGUUGAUUUGAGAGUUGAGGCAUUCCUCAAGAUGUUUGAAACUAAACUUUAUGAGAUGACAAAUGAAGAAUUCAAGAAUAAUGUUAAUGCUUUGAUUGAUAUGAAGCUCGAGAAGCACAAGAAUUUGAGGGAAGAAUCUGGAUUUUACUGGCGAGAGAUAUAUGAUGGAACCCUAAAGUUUGAUCGGAAAGACUCUGAGGUGGCUGCAUUAAGGCAACUGGAGCAGCGAGAGUUUGUAGGGUUUUUCAAUGAACACAUAAAAGUCGGUGCACCACAGAAGAGGACAUUAAGUGUUCGUGUUUAUGGGUCCCCACAUUCAUCAGAGUAUGCAAUAGAUAACAGUGAAUCAGUUGCAUCCAACUCUGUUGCAAUAGAUGAUAUUUUCAGCUUCAGAAGAUCACAACCUCUUUAUGGUUCCUUCAAAGGAGGCUUGGGUCAUAUGAAGUUGUAGGGUAGGAACUCAUUUAAGAUUGUUGAUAAAAAGGAUCAGAAAUGGAACUUUUGCCAUCUCCUGGUGGAUAAAACUUGGUACAAGCUUUGCUGUCUGGAAGUAAAACAAAGCCAAGUCUCAGAAUUUUCGAAAACUUUCAAGGGCUGGAGUAGCUUUUCUUGCAUGGCAUUGGAGAUGCGAGUUCUGUUUCUGAUUCCUCUUUCGGGUUCCAAUCUCAAAAUCAUAUUGUAACUUAUCAUUGUAUCAGUUGACAAAAUAAAUUAUGGCUUAUUUGGUGUUUGUUUGCUUUA